AUGUGAUGGAAAGCAGUUGUAAGACAGGUGCCCUCGGUUCAUUCUCGGCGAGGGGCAGCAGUUGCCUGUGCGAGAGCGAGUGGGAAGCGUGUGUGGAUUUCUUUUUUUACUUGAUUUUUGUUUUUUCUCCCCCCUUUUUUUUUUUUUUUUUUUUUUCCUUUUUGGGUUUUGUUUUUCGGAGCGUCAUUCAGUGAUUCUGGAUGGCGUGGGACAGGUGUAACCAGGACUCGGUGUGGACAGAAUUAGAGUGUGCUGCCUUGGUUGGUGAAGACCAGCCCCUCUGCCCAGACCUUCCUGAACUUGACCUCUCAGAGCUGGAUGUCAGCGACUUGGAUGCCGACAGCUUUCUGGGUGGCCUUAAAUGGUACAGCGACCAAUCGGAGAUCAUUUCCUCUCAGUAUGGGAAUGAAGCGUCUAAUCUUUUUGAGAAGAUAGAUGAAGAAAAUGAGGCCAACUUACUGGCAGUGCUUACAGAGACCCUGGACAGCAUCCCGGUGGAUGAGGACGGAUUGCCUUCGUUUGAGGCCCUGGCAGAUGGGGACGUGACCAAUGCCAGUGACCGGAGCUGUCCCUCCUCCCCAGACGCCUCACCUCACACCCCAGAGCCUGAGGAGCCUUCUUUGCUGAAGAAGCUCCUUCUGGCGCCUGCAAACUCCCAGCUCAGCUAUAAUCAAUACACAGGUGGCAAGGCACAGAACCAUGCAGCCAGCAGCAACCACCGGAUCAGACCACCACCUGCCGUCGUCAAGACGGAGAGCCCCUGGAACGGCAAAGCAAGAGGGGGCUCCGGCCAACAGAACCGCCCGGUGAGGCGACCUUGCACUGAGCUGCUCAAAUACCUAACAGCCACUGAUGACAUCCUGCUACACACCAAAGCCAGCGAUGCCAAGAGCGCCUGGGGGGGUCCCAGUAGCAGGGACAAGAGUAGCCUGGGUCUCAGUGCCUCAUCCUCGUCCUCGUCGCCAUCCUCGUCAUCCACCUCCUCGUUCUCCUCCCUGUCUUCCACUUCUUCCUCCUCUUCGUCCACCGCCUCCAAGAAGAAGUCGGCUGUGCCAUCACAACAGCAGCAGCAACAGCAGCAGCAACAGCAGCAGCAACAGCAGCAGCAUCAGCAUCAGCAGUCGCCGCAGCAGCAUCACCAGCGAGGUGAGAGCCGGGCUGCAGGCGAGUGUAUUGUGGCUGGUCAUGGGGCUGGGAAGUGGCAGCGUUGCUCUCACGAUGACGGGGUUGAGGAUUCGGAGGGUGCCUCUGUCCCUGUUGGUCGCAGAACCUACACCUGCGGCCAUGCUCGCCCCAAACAGGAGCACGGGCCACCCAAUGAAGAAGGAAGGCCGCCAGGCGAUGUUGGCCGCCUGGCCGCCGCUAGGUUCAUUAGUGACCACAAAGGAUCACCCUUUGAGAACAAAACCAUUGAACGCACAUUAAGUGUGGAGAUUGCUGGAACCCCAGGUCUGACACCACCUACCACGCCCCCACACAAAGCCAGUCAAGAGAAUCCUUUCAAAGCAUCUCUGAAAACCAAGUUGUCCUCGUGUUGCUCCUCGGCCUUGACGUGCAAAAGAGCCAGGCUGAGUGAGUUGGGCGCCGGCGCUUUGGCCCCGGCCCCAGGUGCCUCAGCCGGGGGCCCUGCCAGGAAGGGUCCCGAACAGACUGAGCUCUAUGCGCAGCUAAGCAAAGCAUCCACCGCCCUUCCUUACGCCAUCGCUCAACGUGCACUGGGGGGCGGCCUUGAGGGGCACUGCAGCACUGGCAACAACAAGAGGGCCGCUGGGCAGGAUGGCCACAGCGACCAUGACUAUUGCCAGGCACUGGCUGCUUGUAAGAUGGAUGGGGGCAUAUCCGUUGUUUCCAUGGCUACAUCUUUGGAAAUGACAUUCACCCCGGGUGCCACUUCCACUGGCAAGGUGGAGAACAGGCACGUCGUCGAAUGUAUGGACUCAGUCAUGUCAACAUCGUUUCUGUCAUCUUCUUGUUCUACAUCAUCAUCCUCACUUAGUCAUUUGACUAAAGAGCAGAAAUUUAUCCCCAUGGAUGGAGAUGCUUGCCGUGUCAGGGGCUUAGGGGAGCGUACCCUUCCACAAACCACUCAGAUACCCACACAGGGGGGCAGUGCUGUUAGGGACCAACUGCAACUUUCUGCCACCAGCCGGAAGCCCCUGUGCGACCAGGAAAUCAGAGCAGAACUCAACAAGCACUUUGGCCCUCCCCUACAAGCCCUCUAUACUCAGGGUGAGCAGGAGAGAGAAGAUAGCAGUAAACCAAACAAGCCUACAACCCCCCAGUCCCCUGAGGGGGGAGGGACUGACUUUUACUCCCAGAGACUGUCCGGAUCCAGCUACCUGCACCCAGGGUUUCUGUCCUUUCAAGACGAGCUGGAGCUGGAUGAUGGCCGUGAGAGUCGCUUCAUCUUUCCAUGGGAGGGCACCCCUCUGGACCUACUCUUUGACUGCUCUCCUCGUUCUCCCUCCUGUUCCCCACCAUCCACUUGCUCCCCUUCACGAGGCUCCGUCUCCCCACCGUCCUCCCUUCUCCUGUCACCUAGUCGACCGUUCUGCUGGACCAGCAGCGGGUCCCGUUCCCGUUCACGGUCCCACUCCGGCUCCCGCAGCUCCUCAUCACGAUACCGCAGGCGCUCUCUGUCCAGCUCACCAGACAGACGUCCCUCCUCUUGGUCUCAUCACAGCUCCGAUCUGAACGCCGUCCGCUCCAGACUCCAUAAGAGCCCUCACCCUCAGUCUCGAUCUCCGCUCAGCCGCAGGCCAAGGUACGACAGCUACGAGGAGUACCAGCACGAGAGGCUUAAGAGGGAGGAGUACCGACUGGAUUAUGAGAAGCGGGAGUUCGAAAGGGCCGAGCAGAGGGAGAAGCAAAGGCAAAAAGCCAUAGAGGAGAGACGGGUGGUGUACGUGGGGCGACUGAGGUCCGACUGCAGCCGUUCAGAGCUGAAGCGCCGCUUUGAAGUCUUUGGGGAAAUUGAAGAAUGUGCAGUGAACCUGAGGGACGAUGGGGACAAUUUUGGCUUCAUCAUGUUCCGAUACACCUGUGACGCCUUUGCUGCCCUUGAGAACGGACACACCCUACGCAGGUCGAACGAGCCUCAGUUUGAGUUGUGUUUUGACGGACAGAAGCAGCUCUGCAAAUCACGAUACACAGACUUGGACUCCCAUUCGGACGACUUUGAUCCGACUUCCACGAAGAGCAAGUAUGACUCCAUGGAUUUUGAUAGCUUGCUGAAAGAGGCCCAGUGCAGCCUGAGAAGGUAACCAGCUGAGCGGCGCCCGAUGUCUGUCUGUGUCACAAAGAGGAACUUCUUAUACCUCAACGUUGUUUCUCGCUUCUCGGACGACGAAACCACCAGAAGUUUUAUGCUCUGUUAAAGAGCACCUGAGAAUAAGUCUAUAGACCUAUAUCGAUUAUAAAUGGAUAUAUUAAAAAUAAAAGUUUACAUGAACAUAGCUGCUGAAGAGCUGGGAAGAAACAUUUCAUCCUGGGAAUACCAGUGAACUCUCACAGUUGGAUGCACUCUACUGCUGUAAAAUCAGUUGAAAGGAGAAAAAAAACAAAACUUUUUGAUUUCCUUUUCUCCAAGCACUACAAUACCCACAGUUCUUUUUUUUUUUUCUAAUGAAGUAAAAACAUCCAGAUUUGUUUUCUUUUACUGUUGAUUUUCUUUCCCCUUUUUUUAAAUCUGGUAUUUUGGAUCUGGUGUUACAUUACAAAACAGUAACGUGUUGAAAAUGAAUCUUGGAAAGUUAAAAUUCAGAGGGUAACAUUGUUGUCUACAUUUUGAAGGAGAAAUGUAGCUGUGUAUUUACAAAUGCUAUAAAAAAAAGGACUAUUUUUAUUUUAUGUACAUAUCAGAGUUCUUUAUUUGUUACAGCUAUGCACUGUAAAACGCAGCCUUUUUUAAAAAAGAAGAGAAAAUUUCUUAAUUCAGAAUGUUGAUCUGUAGUAAUUACAAUACUGUAAAACAUAUUGUACACCUACAUGAUGUUUAGAAGACAUGACAUGAUUGUAAAAAAAAAAAAAAAAAAUACAGAAAAAAAGUUAGACAUGUCCGAUUGCUCAUUUUGUAAGAGCAUGUGAAGAAAUGUUCUUUUUUUAAAUUCUUUUGUUUCAGUGGGGGAAAAAACUGCGAACCAUGUAUAGUUUUAUGUGUUUAUAAAGUUUGUCAAUCAGUGUUUUUGCCUAAAACAACCAGUUUAAAAUGCAUUUUUAAGGUGUUUUUUCAUGAUUGUUCCCUAUUUUUAAUCACCACUCAUCAUGACGUGAUCUAUUUGCUUUUUGUUGUUGUUGUUUUUAAAGACUCUGUGAUUGCCAUCGAUAGGAGAAAAAAACAAUAAAUCAGCACAGAUAUAUUUAUGUAUUUAUUUUAAUAUUUGAAUCAAAGUAUAUUUAUGGACUCCAUUUUACAAUGGCGUACCUCAUUAAUAAUUUUUUUUUUCCUAUUUAUGUCUCAUGUCAAUUGAUUUGUGUUAUUUAACUUGCAAUCACUGGACAGGGUGUACAAUAAAUAACGCUUUGGUGGGGAUGUUAUUACCUUACUAUGCCUUCCGAAACAAUCAAGCUGAUCAGUCCAGCAGUCAGGCCCCUCAUUCUUCUCUAGCAUUGAUUUUCUUUUUUCUUUGUUUGCUUGUUUUCAAUAGGUUACAGAUAACAUGAAGCAAUAAAAUGAUUUUGCAGGAAUUUUUUUGCGAGAACUUAAAACUUGCCAUCAUCACUCCGCUCAUGCUUGAUUAUGUGAAUGCCAAACUAAAGUUUACAAUUUUUCUUUUCCCGGAUUUUAUAUAGAUCUUGUAUUUGAUGUAAAACACGUAUACCACUGAUAUUAUUCACACUAAUAAAAAGACGGUAAACGAUAGUGGCGAUUAUGAUAAAAAUGAAAGAAAAAACACAUAUAUAAAAAAAAAAGCAAUAAAUUAUUUUUCAGAGUUGUAUUUUAGCUCCUGAUGUUGUGCGAUUUUAAGGACUAUGACCCAUUACCCAGUCGCUGGUGUAGUUAGGACUCUUCCACUAACCCCCACCCGUCCCCCUCCUCCUAUUCAAGAUGUAGCUCAGUCUCUGUGAUUGUGACACACGCAUUACCUUGUGACAUCUGUGCAAACGUGACCGACUCUAACUCUACCCUGUGUGUGUAAAAAUGUCCCCAGUCGAAGCUGAUUGUUGUGUGUUGCAUGGCUAUUCCAGGACAGCGGCUGGUUUAAAGCCUAAAAGUCUUUAAAUACAUUCCUGUCAGCUGUCUAAACUGGCAGAUUUUUUUUUUUUUUUUUUUUUUUUAAAUGUCGUUCUAAAAGCCAAAAGAAACUCUCUUUAACAUGCUGCUACGCCAUUAACUCAGCCCUCCCCAAGUCCUGAUAUCACAGCGCCGUCAACGUGACAUGAAAGGUAACCUUGUGGUUUCUGGUUCAAUUAAUAUCCUGUUUUUAGCGCAAGCCAAGUAAUGAGAGAACCAACUAUAAAAGCUUAGCUGAUCACAGGCUCCCUUUCAUGGAGUUUGACUGCAGAGACAAGAAACGGCUAUUUUCUUUAUGCAAGUUGUCCAACAUUGGUUGAAGGAUAUAUAAAAAAAAAGCCCUUUACCUUUUUUACGAGAAUGUUUUAACUUUCUUCUUUUCUUUUUUUUUUUUUUUUGUUUUGCUGUAUGUAUAGCGUUUGGGUAAUGGUGUCGUGUCCCAUUUCAUAGAUGUGGCUUUAAUCAUUGAAAUAAAAAAAAUAAAAAAAGUAAAAAUGCUUUGUAAAUUGCUUAGAGUAGCAAUAUAUUAUAACACCUCCAGGUUCAAAUUUCCACUUUGGCGGGCUUUUUAAUAAUAGGAGCCGUUGAGUUUGUUGCCACUGCUUAAACAUUUGUUUUGUAAUCAUGUUUCUUUUGAAAGGACGAUAAUGUUCACUGGUAGGUGUGUGUGUGUGUGUGUGAGGUGUGAUUGGAGGUGUGUAUGCGUGUGCGUUUGUGCGUGUUUUCUGGGGGAGGGUAUAGGGUUGUCGCUACCUGUUUGUGUCCUAUUCACGUUGCCUUCUGCCAAGUCCUUACCAAUGCCUUUUGUGGUUCUACCUAUUGUACGACUUUCUUGUGACUUUCAUUUUUUAUGUGCAAUUCUCAUCAGCCUCACCAUGCCAAUAAAGGGAAAAUGUGUUUGAAAAACUGUCUA